AUAUAUAUAUAUAUAUACUUGUAUAGUUGUAUAUCUAUCUAUCAGAUUAGAGAGUAUAAAAUUGGUAAGUUUGAAAAUAACAAGUUUAUUAAAAACUAGUUAAAAAGGAAAGCAAAAGUAGAGAGAUAAGAAAAAAUGGCGACGAGACAACAGCAUAAAAAAGAAGACUUGGAUGAAAAGGCAAAGAAAGGAGAGACUGUAGUACCUGGUGGUACUGGUGGCAAGAGUGUUGAAGCCCAACAACACCUUGCCGAAGGAAGGAGCAAAGGAGGGCAAACAAGAAAAGAACAGCUAGGGACAGAAGGGUACAAGGAGAUGGGUCGCAAAGGUGGGCACGCUACCAAGGACAGCCCCGAUGAAGGCGACGACGUUGAUGAGGCCGCCACCUGAGGUCCUGAGCUAGCCUCACCGCCUUACAUCAGCACAACUUGUAGCUCAAUAGCAAUACUAGCAUCUAGUCUAGUUCAUGAAUAAUAAGAUAGAUCACGUACAUAUGUACUCUUGUCAAAAACAAAAAAAAAAAAACUAUGUAGACCAAGAUCAAAAUAGUAGUAUGCUACUAUAAUCUAUAUGAAGUAUAUGUAUGUAUUUAUGUACAACUCCCUUUUUUAAAAUGAUGUGUGAACUUAUUUUCUUUA